AUCUAAUCUGGCCUUGAAGCCCAAGGACCUCAUUAACAAAACGCUUUCCUUAUUCUUCCUGCGGUUCAUUAAGAAGUACUUCGAGUCAGUGAGGUUCCUGCCGAUCGCUCCAAAAGGGCAGCACGGUCCGUACCCUCCACCAUGAAGCUGGCGGCCCGCUGCCAACUGCAAACGCAGAUCCCGGAGCGCCUCCCGCUUCCUAUCCCGACACGGUCCGAUCGCCUCCCAUAUAGGCCCCAUCCUGCGCAUGCGCAGUACUGCAGUCGCAGAUCUCGCGAGAUCUGCGUGAACGCUCGAGCAGCGCGUUCCUCCCGCCCCGCGUUCUCUAGCGACCGGAGCCCCGCCCCGGCGUGCGGCCGUUGGGGUGCGGCGCGCAGGCGGUUCCCUCUUUCUCAGGGACGCGCGCGGGGCUCGGCCUGUAGCUGGGACGAUGUCGCGUUACGGGCGUUAUGAGACCAAGGUGUACGUGGGGAACCUGGGCACGGGCGCGGGCAAAGGCGAGCUGGAGAGAGCCUUCAGCUACUAUGGGCCGCUGAGAACCGUAUGGAUCGCCAGGAACCCGCCGGGGUUCGCCUUCGUGGAGUUCGAAGACCCGAGGGAUGCUGAAGAUGCUGUGCUCGGCCUCGAUGGGAAGAUCAUCUGCGGCUCCAGGGUUCGAGUGGAAGUGUCGACAGGCAUGCCCCGUCGCUCCCGUUACGACAGGCCUCCUGCGCGGCGCCCUUUCGACCCCAACGACAGAUGCUAUGAGUGUGGUGAGAAAGGCCACUAUGCCUACGACUGCCAUCGCUACAGCCGCCGGAGGAGGAGCAGGUCCCGGUCUCGAUCCCGCUCCAGGUCCCGAGGAAGAAGGUAUUCUCGCUCACGCAGUCGAAGCCGUGGUAGGAGGUCAAGGUCAGCUUCCUACCGCAGGUCCAGGUCAAUCUCUCCUCGUAGGUAUAGAUCAUUUUCACCUCGCAGAUCACGGUCCGGCUCUUUAAGGAGAUCAAGAUCUAGGUCCAGAUCACGCUCAAGGUCUCGGUCUGUUGUAUGGCCUCGAAGCAGGUCUGGGUCCCAUGGUAGAUCUAAAUCUGGCUUACCUGCUAAAAGUCGCUCAAAGUCCAGAUCACCAUCUCCAAAGAGAAGUCAUUCACCAUCAGGAAGCCCUUGAAGGAGGAAUGCAUGUCCUGAAAGAAUGGAUUCAAGUUAAAAGGUUAAAGUUUAAGAAGAAGAUUUAUUUUGUUUACAUUAUUAUAAGGGAUUUUGUGGUGUCUUUAUAAACGCAAGGGCUUAGUCCUAGAAGGUUGUUUCUAUUGCCUAACAACAGGCAUGAAUUUGGAUCUUUUAAAAGUAGACUAAUGCAAAACUCCUUUGUUGUGUUAAUGUUCAGUGAUCUGGAAAUAUAGGGCUUUUUGUAUUUGGUGCAUUGGAAUAAACAGUGCAUUUCUAACUAACAGGUA